CGUGCUUGACAUAAGAAUUAGUCUACUUUAACAGCUUUACUAAAGGCUGGUGCCAAGACAAGAUUCAGCCUGAAUCCGUCCCCUGUAGCGCUUUCAACUUUGCACGCACUUGAAUGAAGAAAUUUACUUUCCAGCACCGAUAAUUUUGAAUUCCGGUAAGUGAGACCUACUUUCUCUUAACUGUCCAUUCAACAUACAAAAAAAAGGGUCCACUGAACACGUUACAGCAACUUUAUAACAAUUCUCGGGGUUAUUUGCUACUCUGAGCGGCGAGUCGAAUUUUGGCUGCCCCUUUUUUUCGUUAUCUUUAUAAGACAAUUUUAUUUGCCCACUUUUCUAUUUAAGAUGUCCUAACUUAUUCUAGGGAAAAACUUUGCAAUUAACAGGUUAUAUCAUAUAAAUUGGUGCUGAGAUAGAUAUUUUGGAAGCCGUUUAGUUAUUAGUAUUGAUCCAAAUGUAAGUUUGCGAGAUGGAGAGGAUUUUUUCUUUAAAUUCUGACGCAAGGUAUCGAAAUGGUAAAAGCUGGAUCAGCUCUAUCAGGCUAUUUGCAAAAGCCUCAACAGAAUGUCUUUUUCAGGGCAGCCAAAUCUUUGAAAUUAAGAGCCUUCACUUAUUUUAGAGAGCUUUUGCGAGCGCGAAAAUAAGAAUAUUAGGAAGCUUCCUUUGACAUAGGUUUCAACAGCUGCAGAUUUUUUUUUAAAAAUUAGAAAAUGACCCGAAGUAUCCUCCUGCCGAAAGGCUCUGACGCUGCCAAACACAAAGGGAAUUCUCAAGACUGAUCCUCCAAGUUGAGGCCAUUUGAAAUACUUAUUGAUCAACCAACAACGACCAAAGCAUUUUUUUUUCUUGGUGUCUCAAAGACACAUUCUACUCAAUCUAAAUGGACAUUGUACAUUCUAUUUUUUUUCUGUGUACUUAUUUUUGUUUUCCCUGAAGGUAUGGACAUAAGACGGUCUUUUCAAACAUUUCUGGUCGUAUUCUUCGUGGUUUUAACAAUAGAAGGAAAGAAACAUGACACUCUGGUAAUUAUUACGCUAACAAAAACUUCAUAAAUCAUCACAAACUCAGUGGAAUCACUAUGAUCAAAGAUCAGUUUAUAAUCUCAUGCUAUGAUGAGAUUGUAAAUCAAUAAAUAUGAUAAAGGAGUUGCACCUACCGGUGAGAUGCGAUGAAAAUACGCAGCGUCGUUAAAAAUCUAUUACAUAUACUUCCUAAAAAAUUAAUCUCUGGUAAUCUUUUAAAUUAGUGGUGCUAAGGCAGCAGCUUUGCUGCGGUUAACAAUCCGGCAUUCAAGCCAUACUUCGUCAACUGUUAAAACACCUGAUGUUCUUACAAGACUCGGCCAUCUGCAAGACCCCUUAGCUUCUCCAACCUACCCUAUUAACCUCUACUCUAUGCAUAAAUCGUCUCUAAAGACUCACAAAGCUUUCAUCGAUUGUAUUAGCGUGGUGGGCAAAUUCGCGUUCGUUCGUUAUUUGAAAAUACUGCUAUAAUAUUUUGACUAAUACCCUCAGGAGGCACGGGAAGAAAAGAUCAGAACUGUCAGAGAUGUUGAGGGUAAGAAUUUAUAAAUAAAUAUUAAAGUAUCCGACAUUAUUUACCGCCUAGGGAGGAGCUAAAAGAAUCUCGUUGUGUUGUGAUUGAAUUUACCUGAUCCCCCUACGAGGCUUUUUAAUAUUCCUUCCCCUCCUCCUUCCCUCAUCAGCAGUCAAUUGGCAGUCAAUUUUCAAUAGUCCCUCCUUUAUACUCUAUCGGCGAUAACUGAUCCUCCCCUUCAUUUCGCUCUUAAAACACGCAAAUCAGUCCGCCACACACACCCUUCAAGCGAUAAAUAACGACUGUUCCUUAGAAAGAAGACAGGCAAUUGCGAUGAAAUGUUUCGUCAUUUAUUUCGCUUUUCAACAUUUCGUUAUUCGACCACUCCAUUCUGUUGAACUCGCUGCGAUUCUAUUUUUUUGCAAAAGGUACACCUCUAUGACGUUACCAUACUUGACCCAUUAGUUAUGGUUCGCAUCAGUAUUACAUAUUUUGUGAAAAAAAAAUGUUGUAUUAAAAAAAAAUGAGGACUUUACUUGGAGGAAUUUGAAAUUAAUUAAAUUUGAGGUUUGGGAAAUUUCAUAAGCUUGCGUAGUUGAAAUUAGUUAUUUUCCUAUUUCUAGUUGAAAUAGAGUACGAACCAGUUGGAUGUUUCAGAGACCAAAACAGCAAAAAUCAACCUAGAUUGUUAGAUAAGUUGGUUAAAAACUUCAGAAAAAAAGGAAAUUUGCCAGACGGCAAAAAUAUCUGGGACUUUUGGGAAGAUAUGAGUGAAGUCAUACAGCUUUGUGCCGAAAGUGCUUUUAAGGACGGAUACACGGCCGUGUUUGGAAUUCAGUACUUUGGAGAGUGCUGGUCUGGGAAAAACGCUGCGUUGAAUUACGAUAAAUAUGGAAAAUCCGGCAACUGUAUCAAUGGCGUCGGAAAAGCAAGCACCAAUUAUAUUUAUCGCAUCAAAGGUGAGCUACAUCAAAUCACUCUUAUGGGUUUUGAUUUACUCAUUCAAUAAUCCAUCCAUCCAACUGAUUAUGCUACUACAGACAUGAACUUGGUUUAAUAAAAUAGUGUUUCUCAAAAUUAAUUUUUUUGCACUUGCAUUGGCUCUUGCGUUUGCAUUUCAAACCACACCAUCUCGCGCGGCUGACUUUAGAAACAGGUACCAUUUCCACAGUUAUAUCUAACAACAGUUGUGGAAACUGUUGUCCACUUUGAGACACUAAUGUCCGAUUUUUGAUUUGGCUACCAAAGUCUGAUUUUUUAUUUUGGACACUAGAUUCCGAUUUUUUAUUUUGGACAACCGUGACCGAUUUUUCAUUUUGGACUCAAGUGUCCGAAUUUUGUUUUGGACACUAGUGUCUCAUUUUUGACUUAAGAAGCUUGAACACCAAUGUCUAAUUUUUUAUUUUUGACAAUAAUGUCCAAUUCUUGAAUUUGGACGCUAGGGUAUUAUUUUUUAUUUUUAACUCUAGUGUUCAAAUUUUGAUUCUGGACAUUAGAGUCCGAUUUUUUGACUUUGGACACUAGUGUCUGAUAUUUGAUUUUAGACAUUAGUUUCCAAUGUUAGACACUAGUUUUCAAUUUUAGGCCGAUUUAAGACACAAAUGUCCGAUUUUGGUUAAUGGCGUCGUGAAGUUUAGUCGAUGUCAAAGAUAAGCCGAAAAUCAUUUACAAUAAAAAAGAUAUAUUACCAAAGAAGUCGUGUUUGUGCCAUAUCAGCCUAAAAUGUCUUUUGCGUUGAACAGGAAAGUAGUUAUUACAUUAUCUAUGUCUAUGGAAGUCUUGUAGUCGAGACCGAAGCGUUAUCUGCUAUCUUUGAAAAGGACUUCAAAUACCAUUGAAUAUCGUGCAUUCCUGGUAAGUUGCGGUUGACAUUUGAAUACCUGUCUUACCCUAACAGUUGUCAACGUUUUUCCUCAGCGCAUCCACUCCCAGUAAAAUCUUCGCCGGCUUGUAAUGUCGAAGGACAAACGUAUGAUGAGGGAGACAGCAUGGAAGUGUACAAUGGAGAUCAUAAAAACGGUCAAUGUGAUCAGUGUACCUGUGCGAACGGAAAAAUAGACGACUGCCAUUUCCUCUUCGACUGUGUCAUGAACGAUUCCAGUUGUAACGGCUAUGUCAAGACAUCAGCACAAUGCUGUCCUAAGUGCCAAAAAGGUAUUACAUAGAGGAUAUGGAAAGGUGACGAGAAUAUAUAGAUUUUAUGUUCGAGUGCCAAGAACGAUAUCUUACGAGUCACGCAGCGAACGAGUAAGAUACUGUUAUUGUCACGAGAACAUAAAAUACAUAUAUUCGAGGUGACGUGUAAUUUUUAUUUUUAUUAUAUGGACUAUAAAUAUAUAUGAUAGAGAUUGAAAAGCAGGUUUAAUUAUGUUUAUAAAUGAACUUUGAAUCGACCAUACAUCGUAGUAUGAAGAGUCAGUAUCAACAGGAGAUUCUAGGCUAUCAACUGAGGACUAGGACGUUGAGAGAUCACUCAGUGACAUGUGACUUGGUUGACAACUUAACCGUACAGUGAAUAGCGACCGCAAAUCAUGAUCGUGAAAUAAGCAAGAAAAUAUUAAAAAAUUGGUUGAUACGCUGGUAAAAUUUAUCUUUUUAUUUAUUUCACUGCCUUGAAUCAUCCACAGAUGUUCCCAGUAAUGCACCUGUUUGUAAAGUCGACGACCAAACUUACAAACAAGGCGAUAGCUUGGAACUUCUUAGAGACUUCCACGGCAAACAACUAGGCGAGUGUCAUCAGUGUACUUGCAUGGCAGGAAAAUUGGAGAAGUGCCACAGAAUCUACUACUGCGAGAAGAACAAAGCCGGGUGUAAUAGCCAUAUAAAAAUUCCAGGCCAAUGUUGCCCGGCUUGCGCACGCGGUACGUAAUUGUUUGAUUGACUGGGUGUUUGGAUGGAAGAUAAAAUAACCGACUCGCUAAUCACGAGUGGAUGAGUGAAUGACCGACUCACUGGUUAGUUAACUGGCUCGCAAACUCACCAACUGUUUGACUGACUCACUCAUCAAUUCACUUGCUCAGUGAUUCAACUAACUUGCUUAGUGACCCACUGACUGACUGACGGACUGAUUGACAAACUGACUGACUAGCAGGCUAGCAGGCUGGCUGGCUGGCUAUCUAGCUAACUGACAAACAGACACACCGAUUCACAGACUGACCCAAGAACGACGCAAGGACUGACUGUCUGGAAAUGACUGACUGAAUUUCAUUCAGUGAUCAUUCUCUAAUUGCUCAACCAGUAAGAAAUUAUUAAAGUAUUAUAUACAACCGCUUUUUUUUCAGUCGUACCCAAACCCUCCCCGCCUUACUGCAAGGUUGGAGCACGACAUUACAAAGACGGAGAAAGUAUGGAGGUGUUUUACAUAUCCGCCGAUAAGAAGACUGCGGCAUGCGAUCAGUGCUCUUGUCAGGGAGGCAAAGUAGACGGAUGUCAUCACCUCUUCCACUGCGAAAUGGCUAAUCCGGAAUGCGUGCGUUAUGAGCAUCGAGUGGACCAGUGUUGUCCAACCUGUGGUAAGCUUGAGUAUUCUAUUGGUUGAUCAAGUUACACGAUGUGAUGUACUUGGCCACAUUGAUUAGGAGAUUACCUGGAAAAUCUAACCAAGAGGGUGGAGGAGUUUCCUGAAGGGCGUUUCAUUCAUGUGCAUCUCACGAGACGGGUUCAGCUCGAGUUACUUUCGUAAAGCAUGAGUCGUAACCAGAUAGCUUCAUCUGAUAUAACUAGUGGUAAUAUUUUAUAAUAAUCUGAUCUUGUUAACUUUUUGUGUCGUGAGGCGUGUCGUAAAUUAAUCGUGAUAAUGAUUCAGACACCAUCGUUGAUUUAUGAUAGAUUGAUUCGCACACAGUGGAUCUAAGCUAAAGGUAGAAUCGGUCUUUCAGCCACGAGGACAUUUGUAUGUAAAACGUUUUUGUUUGAACAUGAUUACAAACGCAAACGGACCUCUCUUAGGAAGGAUCGUUUAUCAAUUUAUUGCUUUUUGACCCAGAAAAGUCUCAUAUGAUUCUUUCUUCAGUUCUAGCUAAUCCAAAGCCCCCGGCUCUCAGUUGUAAGAUAAACGGCCGGUUGUUUCAUGAUGGCGAGAGUGCUGAGGUGCUGCAGCAAUCUGUUGAUAAGAGCAGUAUAAUCUGCCAACAGUGCAAAUGUGACGCCGGGAAACACAAGUGUCAUAAGAUAUUCGACUGCGAUAUUCAGGAACUGGGCUGUGAAAAAUCUGUUAAAAUAACUGGACAAUGUUGCCCAGUAUGCGGUACGUAUCCUCUCCACAUUAUUCACAUUAACUUUGUAAAAUGAUGGUGAGACUGAACGUUGAUAAAAAUUAUGUAAGAACUGCAUCAAGAAAUCAAUAUUUCUAUUACUUCCUUUAAGCCUGUUACAACAAUGGAGAGCAAUUGUCACCAGGCGACCAAUGGCAGAAAGUUUCUGGAGAAGACUGCGUGACAUGCACGUGUCAGCAGGGUGGUAUUGCACACUGUACAAGGAAGCCUGGAAGCUGUCAAUCAGGUAGGAACCUAACAAAAAGCUUUAGUAUGACGCCAUGAAUCAUGAAUCAUGCAUUCAUUCAUGUCACCGCAGAGAAUAAAAGUAACACUAUUCAAAUUCAGAGUAAAGUUUACAGCCAAGAAAAUUUUGCUCGAGCCAGUCUACAAGACAAGUGGCUGUUGAAAUUUCCAGUAUUUUUCAAACCGAUGUCUGACAACUGCGAAUAAUUAUCACAUGCCUUUCUUCUUUGGAGCUCGUUCCAAAAGUGAACCCCCUUAAUUUCAUUUUUCAGCGUGCGUCUUAAUAGACCCUUUACUCAGAAUUCCAGGAUUAGAAGAUCAUUGAACUGUUAUCGAAUGCCCUUGCUUAUUCCUAAAUGAUUGCAAUGUUUUAAUUAAUAUUCAGCCAUGUUUUAACUCGUGAUCAUUGCGUAAUUUUUUCGUGUUUAUUUCUCAGAAUGAAAGAGUCUUCAGCAGCUCAGCUGAAGAGCUGGACAAGGACAACAAAUGGAAUUCGCAUGAAUUUUAUGAAAUUCCUUAACUGUGUUAAAUUGUGUAAAGUACGAUAAGAAUAAAGUCACAGUUAAUCUGAGUAAGACUUGAAGUGAAGUAUUUAACUGAUUAGAUGGCUGGAUGCAUAUUUGGUUAGUCUAUUCCUGACAGUACCCUUGUGGUGAUAUGCAAAAAAAUUAAAAAAAAAAGCUGAGAAAACUUAAAACAAAGCGAGCCAGCGAAGAAAAUCGGGGCAAGACUUAGGCAAAAGAGGCAUUGAUUCACCUUGCCCCCUUGCCUGUACCUCUUCAACUCGGCCCAGACCCCACAAAUGUUGGCUUGCUCUCCUCUGACCGCGACACCUGCACAGAAUUAAUUUUUUGUUGGAGUGGCUUCAUGUUUCUUUCAUGAUUCCUCAGAUAUGUCUUCCGUCUGGUACAUUUUGUCCAUAAUUCCUUCGAUGAAAUAAUCGUUGUUCCCCAACAGACGUUUUGUUUUUUACCGUUUAGUAGAGAAAAACGCUAUUUCGGUAAGGAAACGUUUUGAAUCAAUUGUUUCUUUUCAGUACUCCUAAAGGCUCCCUAGGCUAGUCCUCUCGUAAUCACAAAUGUGAAGGGAAUCCAACCGAAUUUGUAAUCGCUUUAUUCUACAACCCACAGAAAUUACAUUUAAACAAUGGUCAAACGAAAGUGCCGAGCCCCAUAAAAGCCAAGCCGAUAACAAUAAUCAGUGUUAUACGUUGAGGUAAAUUGCCUUUGAAUAUAAAGAAAUUUCGGCCAAUUUCUGCAAACUGAAAUAAAUAAAAAACUAAGCAGCUAAUUAAUAAUACAAACAGGCGGAGGAAAAGUAUCAGAAACCAAGGAAAUUCACUAAUAAACAUGUUUGACGCGAUAAAUAACGUUGACGAAAAGUUAUGAAAAUGGAAAGUGUGAUUACGCUAAUAAGUGUCUCAAUUGCUAGAAGACAUAUGACAGCCUUCCUGUGGUCCAUGGCUGAUUUAUCCCAAAAACAAAACGAAACAAAAGAGAAGGCACAUGUUUGUGAGGAAUUUCUCGUGGAACGAUUUCACUGAUGUUUGAACCCAUGAAAUUCAUUUGUUUCAUUGAUUGAAUCUAUGUUAAAUUUUCAGGUUUACUCAUUUAGUUGAGAAAAAAAUAUAAUUCGUUGUCAAUAAUUAGCUUUUCUCCCGCCAUUUUCAUUUAUAAUCAGUAUCAUUGUUCCUGAGUCUGAGCUCAAACGCAAGCUUUUAGCAAGACGUUUUGUUUCUAGCCGAGCUCAAAAUGUGCAGUGAUUAUUUUCAUCGUGAUUAUUAGAAAAUUAAGGAGAAAGGAGCUCCUUGUUAGAUCAAUGAUUUCAGAAAUGUAAAUAAAAAACCGGAAAACCCUUUUCACGGCAUUUGACAUACUUAGCUAGUUAAAGCGGUAUCUCAGCUACUGUUAAUUGAAGCUGGAACUCGUCAUAAAUAAAUGCGUUAAGUUAAAGAGAGAAGCUUUUGAAGACUCUUCAAGAAACGACUCUAAGGUGGGUUAAGAGCAAUUUUUUAAAAACGAACAAUUUAUUCCUAUUUAAAUGACAUUGAUCAACAGCGAUCACAAAAAUAUAUGCAGUUGUCUAUCGCUGAUCUUUGAUUUUACUUUUGUAACAGUUCAGACUAAUCUGCUUUUAUCUGAACUCACCAACUUUUCCCCGAUGAGAAACCUUGAGUAAUUAACAAAGAUUAAGCUUUUUUCACUUUUGUCUUUCUUUUAAAAGUUACUUCAAGAUUACAUGAGCAGCAAAAAGUUGCUUUUAUGCCACAUUUAAAAUGAGAUUAUCACUAUCGAUAUAUAUAGAUUGCAGAAAAGUGAAUGAUCAGUUGGACAAAGUUAUCCGAAUUACAAAUCAAAUCAAGAUGUUUAGGGUUUGUUCUUAUAAAAUCGUAAGUCUCCUAAUGAUAUGUAAUUGGUCUAACGAGAUAACAACAAAGAUUUGCUGUUUUUUCCAAGGGCAAAGAAAAAAACCUUUUUCCAGAGAAAGAAUAAGUCUAGAGGAGCCGAUGUUUAAGACAAUGACUGUUUGUUUUAAAUAUAUUGAUAUCCAACAGCAGAUUUACAAAAUAAACAAUGAAAUCUAAAGAUUGUGAAAUGGCAGGGCAACCAACUGGGUGCAAACAAUAAAUCAUAGUCUAUUGCAUGCGCCAAAACUUCGUUAUUUGAUCAGCUUUUUGUUAAGGUUUUGGUUUAUUUCCUCUUUGUGUAACAAGCAACGUUUAAAAUGCUCGAAAUGCCCAUCAACUAUUUCAUUUUUCAGGCUCUUACGGAUUUUUCAGUCGUUAUUAAUCCAGAUAAAAAGUACUGCGUUGUCAAUGCUUUCAGUGGCGUUGGGUUUUUCCCUUUUUUUGUUCGCUUUUGAGAUUAUCGUUUAUCAAUCCAGUUUAUUUUGAAUAGACUAAUCAAGAGAAAAUUUCAAUUUAUCUGUUUAACGAUGUUCAUGUUUACAUAUGAAGUGACUUGUUAUUCUCUUCAGAAGAAAACAAAGAGAUGGAGGCUGUAAAGAAAAUUGUACUUCUCCUAUUGGUUCACAUGGCUUUUUUCCUAGAAAUUAAGGUAAAAGUCAAGAACUAGUGGCUGCGUUUCAGCUUGAAUUAACCUUUUACACUCUAAUAUCAGUAUGCAGAUUCUCCUUACCGUUUGCCAUUCAUUUCCUAUGGCACCGACAAGGAGAAUUUGUUCGACAAGGAAGAGCUUCUUUUGUAAGCGAUUAUUUCUUUUUUUCUUAUGACUUGAAUGUUUGAUUCAGCGGUAAUACUGCUUGGAGAAUUUGGACGCUAUCACUCCCAGAGGUUAAAAGGUUACUAGAGUUAUCAUGAGUACGGUCAAGUUUGCUCAUGAUGCUAUUUGCGGACGCUUUCGUCUCGCAAACAAAUAACAUAGAACAAAGCUGACUUCAGUUCAUAGAUAUUGCUUCAAGAAUAUUACUUCUAGAAAUAAUGUAACCAGAUCUACAUGAUUAAGAACUUUUUCUCCGUGGCUAUGUCUAGACGAGAACAGUGCUAACAAGAAAUAAUUUCUUUAUAAAAAAAAUAGUUAAAAGGUUUAUCCCGGUCCUCAAUUUAUCACUUUGUUAACUGGGUCACACUUUUUCUUUGUAGGCUGCGGGAGAGAUAAUAUCAAAUUCUGGUGAGAAGUUAGAAUAACAGUAUUUGUUACCUUCUCUGAAUUUUUGUUACUUUAUUUCAUUCUGUUUCAUUUUAUUGUAUUUUUGCUAUAAUAUGCCAAGCUCCUUCAUUAAAGACUGUUACGCUCUCUUAAAUCACAGACGGUGGAUUUCAUUACAGAUAUCUUGGCUGUUACCGUGAUAGGCCAUCAGCUCGAGCUCUUCCUAAGCUCUACUUUAAUGCCAAAAAGUACGUCAACUGGAAAGUCAAAGGAUAUAACUUCAAAACAGUGAUUGACAUGUGCGCUGCGCAUGCGCGUAACACAAGUGACGUGUUUGUGUUUGGAGUUCAACACUUCGGAGAAUGCUGGGGAAGUAACAAAGAAACUGGUUAUGAUGUGUACAAGGAAUCAAAACAGUGCUUUUAUGGUGUUGGUGGUAAAUGGACAAAUGCAGUGUACGAGCUAGUUUGUAAGUUCUGCUUAUACCUCCCAGUGAUAGAUUAUGAAAUUUACUUUUUUCAAAGUUUAGGAAAACUGAUCAAAAAUUCCGUUUUUUUUUCUGUGCUCUCACCGCCUUGGUAUAAAUUUAAAUUAUUGUCAGUGUCAGUGGCACGAGGAUAGCUUUUGAUUUUUUUAAUAUUAAUCCGUAUAAUUGCGUAACGAUCAUGCGCUUUCUCUUUUUUUUUUCUGUUUCGUUUUGUUUUCAUUAGUAUCAAAGCUGUAGAAACCCUUUACGGUGGCCAAUUUACAUCAUUACCUCAGUGGAUAAAAGCAAAUCAUCUUGGUAUACUACCCCACCGAUGCAAUACCACAUUUUCUUUAAAACUUACCCCCUUUUAUUUCAUGUAGCAUGUUUCUCACAUGGAUGUUGAUGUUUAUGCUUUUACAGAUGAGUGUGAAGCUAACGGGAUGAAAUACAAAGACGGACAAACAUUCUAUAUUCCACAGAAUCCUAUUGUUUACAACGAUAUGGGCUGUCAGAUAUGUUCAUGUGAUCGAGGAGCCAAGAAUUGUUACGGUCGAGCCAGCUGUGAUUUUUUCUUUCCCUGCGAGAAGUUUGUUCCAGCUGCUCAAGGAAAAUGUUGUCCUACAUGCGGUAAGUUUGAGAUGGGAGAGCAGAUUUUACAUGAAUGUGAUUUGGAGAGUGAAAACUUAUCAAAUGAUGGGAAUCGCUUAUUAAAAGCAUCCAAAACAUUACAUUAGUCGCUCUUUCUUUCAGCUUGUUAUCACAAAAGCAAGUACUACAAAGACGGUCAGACUUGGAUAAACAGGCAACCAAAUAGCUGUUAUGAAUGCGCAUGCGUCUCAAGCCAGACGAAAUGUAAAGUGGUGCAAUGUGCGGCGAAUUGUCCAAACCCGGUGUUCGAGCCUGGGAAAUGCUGUCCAACAUGUAGUAAGUAUAUCCAAUCACUAAAGAGCAGGAUAUGCUUAUUAAUUCAUCUUUUUUUCCCAAAAGAGGAACGUUAAGGAAUGUUGGGAGCAACAUAAUCAGUACAAUUGAAUGCGAGUGACUAAAAUGAAAGGUGACCGGUGAGCCUUUCGGGGCGACGUGACAACAAUUGAGGGCGAGGUUACUUCUCCAAGAGAAGAAUUGACUGGGGGCGUGGUCACUCAGCCAAGUGAUGAAAUCACUGGGGGCGUGGUCACUCAGCUAGGUGAAGAAGUAACCGGUAACCGGGGGCGAGGUCACUCAGCUGAGUGAAGAAGUGACUGGGGACGAGGUCACUCAACUAAGGGAUGAAGUGACUGGGGGUGACAUUGCCCGGGAGCGGCAUAACCUACGUUCCUCUUGCUCAGGACCCGUUUAUCCGGAAUUUAUUACACUAUUAUGUCUCCUGUAACCUUUUUAAGACUUGUACUCAACUUUAAUUCCGUUUCUGUCUGGCUCCCUUAGAUCCCGGUGCACCUGUUACUUUAGAGCCCGCCAUCGAGGUAACUGAACCCACUACCAGACCGCCUCCACUUCUCCCGCCUGGUUUCCCCGGUAACCACAAACGUGGUUUAAAAAUUAAGGAGAAAGAUGAAGAGAAGCAAUAACUGAUAAAACAAGGUUAGUUGCUCGGCAAAAAUAACUCGCCAGUUGUUCACAGCCAAUACAAAUUUUUCUUUUUGAAACUUCAGAAAGCAUAUUACGAAUUCCUUGCCAGAAGAGAGGUAGGGUGGGAGAAUAGACGUGCUAAGACUGAUGAUUUUUGUUUGCGUUUGUUUAAAUUUCGAUGAAAAAAUGUGACAUUAAAGUUUUUUCAGUCUCACAGACCACUGGGGACUCGACCCGACAACCGCCUCGAAAUAAAAAUAAUUUUCAUGGUUCCGCUGGAUAAUUUACCAAAUAGAAAGCAAAACAUACACCUGUAUAUGAAAAAUGGAAAUUGAUCCUUUGCAAAAGAACACAUAGGACUCAAAUAGUAAAAUGAAAAAAGAAGUUUCAAAAGAAUUUCAUUUCUCAUGUUUUACAUUUGCAGAACAUGAAUUGAAGAACACCUGAGCAGAAAAAGCGAAGACGAG